GAAAUUUUAAUUUAUUUGUGCUAUUAUAAAAAUGUCCAGCACUGUCCAGAAUAUUGGAUCAGAAAUGUCGCUAGAGGAAUGGGAAAACGUCUACUGGAAGAAAGAUUUUACACCGUUCCACAAAACCGACGGACCUCACACGUUGUUGAUUGAAUUCUAUGAUUUUAUAUUCGGAUUGAAACAAAGACAUCGUAUAUUUGUCCCGUUAUGUGGAAAAACUAAAAGCAUGUUGUGGUUGGCAAGCAAAGGUCAUGAUGUUGUUGGACUUGAAUAUUCACCGAUAGCAGUGAAAAGUUUUUUUGACGAUAAUGGUUUGCUUUUCGAAUGCUCUGACCAUACCAACAGCAAACUAAAGAUUUUCAAGGCUGUAGGAUUGAAUAUCACAAUUUUCCAAGGCGAUAUAUUUGAUGCAAAUGCACAAGUUCUGGGUACAUUUGACGUCAUUUGGGAUAGAGGAAGUUUCACGUCAAUUUAUCCUCCCAAAAGGCCAAGGUAUCUUGAAUGAUGAGAUCCAUACUUGAAAAGAGUGGUUCAUACAUGUUAAACUCAUUUCAUUUUGAAGCAAUUCAUAAAGGGCCACCAUACCAUGUUGAGACUGAUAUC